GCCGGCGUUGCAUCCCUACAACCUCGCUGAAAGACCAACCAUUCUACGAAUAGUACCCUCCCUACUCAUGGCGCAUAUAAUCCGGACAUGUGCAGCGGCAUUGCUGAGAGCUAUUGAGCUGCAAACUUCCGACACGCGCUUACGGGUCGUCAACCUUCUCGCCCGCUCCGGAGCCGUGUCGCCAGUGUGGUCAGCAAAUACAUCAGAUGCCGCCCCGGACCAGCAGCCUCUACUCAGGCAACGGAACCUCUCCCACGUGGGCGACUCCGGUUCUGAAGAUUUCGUCUUGUCCGACGGGCGCAAACUCGGUGUCGCAUACUACGGCGCAAUGAACGGCCACCACGCGGUGUUUUACUUGCAUGGCUACCCCGGCUGUCGACUUUCCGGCGGCGCAUUCUUCGACGCGCCUGGCGUGAGGUUGGGCGCCAGGAUCAUCGCCGUGGAAAGACCCGGCAUCGGCAACAGCUCUCCUCAGCCCCGCCGCAGGAUGCUGGAUCACACGAACGACAUACGCGAACUGGCGGAGCACCUGAACCUCCAAUCCUACGGCGUCAUCGGCGUGUCGGGCGGCGGCCCGUACGCACUGGCGUGCGCCUAUUCCCUCCCAGAAGAAAACUUGAAAGGUGUCUCUGUCAUUGGCGGAAUGGGCCCGAUCGAUGUCGGCACCAAGGGCAUGAACUGGGGCAACUGGCUCACUUUCAAGGGGCUGUUGUAUUUCCCGUCUUUAAUCCGCUGGCUGCAGACCAAGGUGAUGGCUGUGUUGAACAGCGUGUCUAACGAGAAGAUGGUCGAGCUAGUUCGCGACGGACUUUCAAAGAAGUCGUACAGCUGGGCCAAUCCGGAUCUACCAACUCUGAGAGAUCCUGAGAUUCUUACCAUGAUGCUCGAUUCCUAUCGGGAGCAUUACAAGCAGGGAGUGGACGGGCAUAUGGAGGAUGGCCGGGUUUUGACGAGCGACUGGGGGUUUCGUCUCGAGGACAUGCGCUCCUCUAUACCAAUUCAGCUGUGGUAUAGCAAGAAGGACACGAAUGUCCCAUUCCGGAUGGGCGAGGCAAUCGCCUCGCGUCUCAGCUCUCCUCCGGACUUCUACGUCAAGGAAGAUGAAACACACCUGAACCUUGUACUCAAGUACUGUGCCGACGCUCUAGAGCGGCUGCUUGAGAAGCUGUGAGACUCUGUGGGUUGAUUGGUAUCUUAUUCAUGUUCUAAAACUCCCUCCAUUUAUUGUUAGGUAGGCGGCGCUGGAGUAGCCGAAACCGAGCUCCGGAUCUGGCCCGGCCCUAUAUCCACUUCUACGGAACCAACGCCGGAUGCCGUCCGCCCUGAGAACAAUUCAUUACUUGUGACAGCUAGGACCGCAACAGCUCGGGAGAGAAUUUUCAAGGAUCAAAGUGAAUACACU